AUGAUGAGGGUCUUCUCAUCACUGUCAGCUCUGCCAUGGGUCGCUAUAUUCGCACAGCCAUGCCUUGCCACGGUAGCCGACAUCCCUGGUGUGUUUGGGUCAGUGCCACUUGUAUCCGCGUCUCCCGUGGGUGAUAUCUCAUCAUACCUCAAGAGCCGGCCAAGUGACUUCGUUCAUCCCGGUAUCUGGCAUACGCACGAGGAUCUAGAGCGCAUCCGCAAUGGGAUACUCGAAGACAAAGAUCCUUGGGCGUCAACCUAUGCGGUUUUCAGCAAGGACAGCUACAGCUUGUCAACCUAUGAGAUGAAGGGACCAAAGCCGGUCAUCUCACGUGGCAGCGUCAGCAACUACACGUCCUUCGCCUCCGACGCCCGAGCCGCAUGGCAGAAUGCCCUGAUGUGGUACAUCACCAAAGAUGACGCCCAUUGGAACCGCAGCACGACCAUUUUGGAUAGCUGGGGGUCUACGUUAGUCGACAUUAUCGGCACGGACCGGUCCCUCCUCAUUGGCUUGGAUGGCGAUCUCUUCGUAAAUGCCGCGGAGAUCAUGCGCUGGGAGGGGAACUGGACUGAGUCUGGAGCACGCUGGCAAGGCGGAUCUGGCUUCAGCAUCCAGCUCUACUGGCUAUUCUCACGCCAGUCUAUCCCGAUUGGUCAGGCAAACUACGGAAUGGCUAGUAUUAAGGCGCUCUUGAGCUUUGCUGUCUAUCUCGACGAUGUUACUCUCUACAAUUAUGCCAUCAAUGAGUAUUUGAACAACCCCUGUGCGGGGCUCUACUCCUUCUUCGACCCCGAGACGGGCCAAAGCUCGGAGUCCGGCCGCGACCAGAGCUGGAUCGCUCAGGCUGCGCGGGUAGCCCAGAGUCAAGGUUCCGACCUCUACAGUCAAGGCGACAACCUGCUUCUGAAAGGUGCAGAGUAUACGGCCAAGUUCAACCUGAAUGAGACCGUUUCAUAUGAUCCAAAGUGGUAUAGCUCGAAGCGCCUUGGAUCACAAAAGCUAAGCAAGCUGUCGGAGCUGAGAGCCGUUUGA